ACGUGGUGGUAAAUUUCGAGAUCCGGUAACCCUGUACCCUCUCCCAUUCCUCUCAAUUCCUCUGCGGGUACGUUUCCUCCAACACGUACUACAAAUUUUGGCUGUCGAGCAAACAUUGAGCUAAUUCGACCUCUAGACGUGGCUCAAGAAGUUCAUAGCAUUUUUGCUUCAUAAAAUAAAGUAUUGAAAAGAUGUCAACUACUACAGUGCCAAUUGGUGUAAUGAAUAAAGAAAAAAUAUGGUUUGACAAACCAUGCUACGAUAGAGCAGAACGAAAUUAUUAUGAGAAGAAAGCCAAGGUGGUGUCUCGUAAGAUUGCGGAAAGCUGCACGCUUAAGUCUGACAAUUCUAUAACUGAUAAGUGCCAAGUUGUAAUUAAUAUUAGUUCAUUGAAAUCUAAGGCUGAAAAAUCUAAAGACAACAAGCUAACUCAUGAAUCGAACAUGAAACGUUCCAAAUGCCGAGCAAGAAACGCAAAAGUCAAUAAAGAUGCCGCGGAUGUAUGUAAUAUGCAAAAUAAAGAAAAUACAAAGACAAGUGAAAAAUUCGAUAGUGUAAAGGAUAAUGCAAAAGAGAAGGAAAAUACUUCUCCGAAUGAGAAAGCGAAAAAGUAUAACGCGAAAGAGGCUAAAGAGAAAAGGAACAAGGAAGAUACGAGAAAUAAAAAUAGGGGAAGUGAAGAAAAUAAUGCCGGGGGAAAUAAAGAAACUGCAGUGCCAUUCGUGAGGAAUAAAGAACAAUUGCCCGAUCAGGAAGCUCAACCGCCACUUCGUUCAUUCUUGCCUCCUGGAAGUUUGGCUGAUGAGGUUGCGAAGGCUCGGCAGCAUAUUAAACAAUCCUUACAGUGUAUGGAUGAUAUUGCAAAUAUCGCAAAUCACGAUGUUACACCUCGUAUUGUCAAACUUGAAAAAGAAAAUCAGGAUCUGAAGAGAAUUAUUCAGGACCUAAGGAAUACCACUGACAAAUUGACAAAACGUGUGAUAACUUUGGAAGAACAUGUAGAAAGCCUUGAGACACGCAUGCCUUACAUAGCAAUUUGUCCUGCGAAACCUGAAGAACCAAAGCAAGAGCAGAAGCAGAGCAAAGAAAAAAAUGAUGAGGACGACGAAGAUGUUGAUCUGUUUGGUUCCGAUUCAGAGGGAGAGGAUGCAGAGGCUGCCAAGAUUAGAGAAGAACGACUUGCCGCAUAUGCUGCCAAGAAGUCUAAAAAACCAGCCUUAAUAGCUAAAUCAAACAUCAUCCUGGAUGUGAAACCAUGGGAUGAUGAAACAGACAUGAAAGAGAUGGAAAAGGCGGUGCGGAAGAUCGAGACUGAUGGUCUUCUUUGGGGUGCUUCUAAACUUGUACCACUCGCUUUUGGAAUUCACAAGCUACAGAUAUCGUGCGUCGUGGAAGAUGAAAAAGUGUCAAUAGAUUGGUUAACGGAACAGAUUCAGGAACUCGAAGAUUAUGUACAAAGCGUCGACAUUGCGGCUUUCAACAAAGUGUAAAAAAACUAGAGCCAAAUUUAUAAAAAGUGCGUGAUGGUAUAGUCGAAAAUAAGCAUGGGUCUAUGUGCCAUUUCUGCAUUCCAUUAGCAGUAUCUACAAUCGAAAACUAUUCACAUGUGCGUUUUUCCACAUUAAGAGUCAAAAGAUACAGAUAUUCUAAAACUAUUUGAUGUUAUUACAAUGGCUAUCUAAAAGCUUAUAAAAUAUGGAAAACUGAUUCAACAGUAAAUUUAGCAGAUUGAACAGAUUUAGAUCAAAUUGAUCAAAGGUAUCUAUUGUUAAUCUCUGCGACAUUGUAAAUGUCAAAAUUAGACUUUCUCUAUCUUUUACAUAUAUAUAUAUAUAUUUCUUUGCAGCAGAUUGUUUUCGCUAAAAGUCAAGUUACCUCUUAUCAUUUUAUAUUCUCAUAUUGUUAUUAUCUUAAAUAAAAAACAUUUGGCCAAUGCA